UAAUAAGUUACUACUUCUUGUUUCAGUAUGGCACGGACGUGGUGGUUGGGCGUGGCAGUGAUGAGCGUGAUGGUUGCAGUAGCUGUAGCCACCAUGAAAGAUAGGAAGGCGCGUAUCGUCUGCUACUUCUCCAACUGGGCCAUAUACAGACCUGGACUCGGCAGCUACGGCAUCAGCGACAUCCCUGUCGAAAAGUGUACACACAUUGUUUACUCUUUCGUCGGUGUCUCCAAUGUAACCUGGGAGAUCUUAGUGCUCGAUCCUGAGUUAGAUUUGGACAAGAAUGGUUUCCAAAACUUCACGAACCUGGCCAAAGCCAACCCCAACGUGAAUUCGAUGUUAGCGAUAGGAGGGUGGGGAGAAGGUGGCAAGAAGUAUUCCCAGAUGGUACAGAUCCCCGCGCGAAGGACCUCGCUCAUCGCCAGCGUCGUUGAAUACAUGAACCGCUUCGGAUUUGACGGCUUCGACUUGGACUGGGAGUAUCCCGGGGCCACCGACCGUGGUGGAACCUACAGUGACAAAGACGCCUUUAGAGACUUCGUGAAGGAACUGAGAGCAGCCUUCGACAAGGAAGGGAAAGGAUGGGAGAUCUCCAUGGCUGUUCCCGUCGCCAAGUUCAGACUUAGCGAGGGUUAUCACGUGCAAGAGCUGUGUUAGUGAGUAUUAGAAUAAAAACAACUC